AUGACUUCGGAAAUGAAUAAGGCAAAGAAUUUAGAGGGCCUUUUUGUCAGGAAGCAGCGCUUUGUAAAGCUGAACAGACAGCUGUAUGACAGCAGAGCUCCUCGAAUGCGUUGGAUUUUGUGUUUGCAGCGUGAUUUAGCUUUUCAAUUAGAUGAAGAGUUGAGUAAGAAAAUUAACGUGGGUGGAGUGAGUGAAGGGCCAGCAGCACAGUCGAUUCAUGGGAUUUUGCUAGGGAAAAGAUAUCUUAUUGUGUUAGAUGAUGUCUGGAGGGCUACUAGAGAGGGUGACUUGCUAACCAAACCUGGCAUACCAACUAGAGAUAUUGGGGAAUCCAAAAUUCUGUUUAGCACAAGAAGCAGAGAGGUCUGCGAAAAUCUCAAUGCUCCUGUUUAUCAGAUGGAAUGUUUGACAGAUGAAGAGAGUUGGAGUUUGUUUUGUGCUUAUGCGUUUCCUGGAUCUAAGGGAAACAGGGCACAACAGCACCUGGAAAAGGUCACGCAUAACAUUGUGAAGGAAUGUGGGAAUUUGCCACUUGCAAUCAAAACUACAGCAGCAUCUCUGAGCAGCACUACACAGCCAAGGGACUGGCAAUCCAAGUUCAGUAAGGUGAAAAACGUAGGGACUUCCAAAGAUCUCAUGGAUAUUCUCAAAUUGUGUUACUACUCCCUGCCUGCACAUCUAAAGGCUUGUUUUGCUUAUCUUUCCUUCUUUCCUGAGGAUGAGAUAAUAGAGUGUGAGUAUCUCAUAUAUCUAUGGAAGGGAGAAGGAUUCAUUCCGGCAGGAGAGGACCCCUGGGAUUGUAUGAAUCGGCUUGCCAAUCUCUGUCUGGUUGAAGUAUGGGAAGACACAUAUCUGAAGAAAUAUUGUAAAAUCCACGAUUUAUUGCUUGAUUUGGUCAUACUUGUAUCCAGAGAAAAUAAGUGUGCUUUCAGUGUUGAAGAAGCCUUCAACAAAUUGCAAUCUGUGAAUACAGAUGGUAGUCGCUGGUGUCGCCUAUUUUUGGCGAAGAAAGAUAUUGAUAAGCAUGCCAUCUCAGAGAGGCGUCCUGUUUCUCCCACACUUGUCCGCACACUAUCACUCUCAUAA